UGACGGAUAUCAGAUGCUUUGGACAGUACUCCUUCCUUUCACGCUUACCCUGGCCAAUGACGCGUGGUGUUCGCCGACUGGGCCGCAUUUCAAACAUCAAUCCCGAAAGGCCGUUACUGUCGGAGAGGCUCGUUACUAUGACUUGGCCACCGGUGCGCAAACCGCUUGUGGUGGGCAUCAUGCGAGUUCAGAAAUGGUUUGUGCUGCUAGUGCAUCAGUCUUCGACCAGGGAAAGAAAUGUGGCAAGUCUCUUAGAAUUUAUCACGGCUCUGUGCAUGUUGACUGUCUAUUGGAUGAUGAAUGUCCGUCGUGUAAGAACGACUCCCUUGAUCUAUCACCCGCCGUUUUCAAGGCAAUAGGGCCAUUAUCUCAGGGUGUAUUGAAUGUUCAGUGGCAUUUUGUCUGA